UAUGCCUAAAUCUCAUUCAUCAUCUUCAUCGGGGUCAUCCUCUUCAAGUGAAGAGAAGAAGAGAGUUAAAGAUAUUAAUUAAAAGAAAUCAAAAAGUUAAAAGUCUAGGGAAAGAUCAAAAGAAAAAUCAAAGGAAAGAAAAACUAAAGAAAAAACUAAAGAAAAGAAAGUUAAGAAUCUUCUUCUUGUUUAGAAUAUUUCAAGAAAUGUCACUUAAGAUAUUCUACAUGAAAUUUUUUCAACCUAUGGAAAGCUAACUAAUGUAGAAAUGCAGUUUGACGAAUAAAAUAAUAUGCUUCCUCUUCUUUUUGCUUUUAUUACGUAUAAUGAUGAAGGUGAUGCUUCCUAAGCCACUUAAUAUAUGCACAGAGCAAUUAUUGAUGGAAAAAAGAUAAAAUGUUAAAGUCUAGGAUUGGAUAGAUAAAAGUAAUGUUAUAAUUAACGUAGAUAUUAUACAGAGAAAAUUAAAAAAGAAAGAUUAGAUAAACUUAGAUAAAGAGAAAUAAAAAAGGAAAGAGAUUUAAGAUAAAAGGAAGAACAUGCGAGAGCUAGAAAUAAAGAAGAUAAAUAAAAAAAUGAAAAUAAGGAGCUUGAUAAAGAUAAGGAGAAAGAUAAAGAUAAAGAAAAGGAUGUUUAAAAAAAAGAUUAAGAAUUAUAACCAGAAUAAUAAAAAUUAAAAGAAAAAGAUAAAGAUAAAGAAAGAGAAAAAGAAAAAGAAAAAGAAAGAAAAGAAAAAGAAAGGGAAAAGGAAAGAGAAAAGGAAAGGGAAAGAGAAAAGGAAAGGGAAAGAGAGAGAGAAAAAGAGAGAGAGAGAGAAAGAGAAAAAGAAAAAGAGAGAGAAAGAGAAAGAGAAAGAGAAAAAGAAAGAGAGAAAGAAAAGGAAAGAGAAAGAGAGAGGGAAAGAUAAAGGGAGAAAUAAAAGCAGAGAGAAAAAAGAGAAAAGGAGAAGCAAGAAAGGAUUGAACGAGAAAAAAAGAAGAAAUAACAUUCAUCAAGAAGAAGAUCCUCUGAUAGAUAUCAUAAAAGAUCAAGUUCAAGAAAGAGACAUUCAAAAAGAAGAUAUAGUAAAAGAUCAAAAACACCUGUAAAAUUAGAGAUUUAUUAAAAUAGAAAAGAAAAUAAAAUAGGAGAGAAAGUACUUCUAGUUCAUCAUCUGAUUCUUCAUCUUCUUCAUCUUCUAGUGGAAGUUCUAGUAGUAGUAGUAGUAGUGGAUCUUCUUCUUCUUCGCAAUCAGAUGAUAAAAAAUAAACAAAUUAAAAUUAGAAAAAGACAUCUUCAAGUAGUUCUUCAAGUGAUUCUGAUAGUUCAUCAUGAU